ACGGCGAGCGAACAGCGACCUGCUCCGUUAUCCGGUACAUCCCGUCACCUGCGCGUCGAUCUGUUUGUUUUGAUGGGUUAAUCUGAGGCGGGAAAACACGGCGAACCAUCAUCGAGACAAUCCAAACCCUUGAAAGUUGACAUGGAAUGACACAUUUCUCGGCCCCCCCCCCUCACCCACCCCACCCCCCAGAGUGGACUGUUGACACCUUGUGAUCCUUCACCUGCCGCAGCACCAGCUCGUCUCUGGCUCGGUUUGUUGUCUCUGAUGUCCACCUGUCACCUGCGGACAGCCUCACCACGGAUCGUCACAUAGACCAAGAGACCACUGAGACCACUGGGAUGGCCCGUGCAGAGACCGCCGAGAGCGUCGGGGAAACUGGGGGAGGAGGAAACGGCCCCCUUCCUCGCCACAACACCUGCCGCAUGGAGCUGCCCCACGCCUGGCCUGGCCUGCUCACCACUACCACCAUCACCUCCGGGACUGGCAUCGGUGCCAUACAAUUCCACCGUAACCACCACCACCACCUGCACCCUUUCCGACCUCUCUAUCUGUCACAUUCGCUGCCUGACGAUACCCAGACUCACCAGCGGUUACCUGCGAUGCCAUCACCAGCGCCUCCUCCUACCCCGCUCUGCAGCUGGAGGGGUGAGGGCGCAGUAACACCCAGUGCCUUGUCAGUUGAGGAGUCAGGCUCGGACAGAGAGGAGCUCCAGGAGGCCCCCCACCGGCAGUGGCCUCUGCCUGACUUGCUGCCCCAGAAUGAGCACCCAUCCAGGGGUUCGGCACACCACAGAGCCACCAGGAGAGAGGCGGUGCAUGAGCUGGAGGUCAGGAGAGUGGCCAGCCAGCUGAGGGCCAUUGGAGAUGAAUUUAACACCACAGUCCUCCGCAGAGCGGACGUUGCCCCCCACUGGCAGGACUGGAGAGACGCCUGCCGAGGACUCCUCAACUUCAUCACCCAGACUCUCAGCACUCUCUACAGGCUCACGUAGGCAGUCGCCUCUCCUGAAACCACCGGUUACCACAGGGACUUUUUUACAUUCAGGACUUGGCCACUGGCCGUGGCACUGUGGCUAAUGAGGGGAACAGUCCCAGCUGGUUUGACCCUGGAGGACUAACACGGCCUGAAAUCAGACAUUUUCUUGAACAAAGAAUUUCGGAGGAAGAGCUGGAGGUGUCUUUGCUACCUGUGGAAACUGGACCCUGCCUGUCUGUCUGUCUGUCUGUCUGUCUGUCUGCAUGACAGUCCGUCCGUCAGUCGGUCUGCUGGCACAGACUGCAGCUGACGGACUGACGGUCACUUUUCUAUCUGUAUAUUUUGUAAAAUCAAUUUGCUUUCACUGUCUUCGUCGGCGUCUCAGGGGGUCAGGCUGUUAGGUAGCAGGCGAGACUCAAGUGUGUGUGUGUCAGUGUGUGUGUACGUGUGUGCACAGCAGACCUGGGUCACACAGGUAGGCUGUGUAUACUGAGAUAUGUUUAUCCAUUGUGGUAAAUAGAGGUAUUUCAAAAUUGGGCUUUUAAUUCUACGGAGGACUCUGUUUGUAAAAGACCUGGUAUUUUCAUUUAAUGUGAGCCACCAUUUGGUCCAAAUAGAUCCAGCUCUUCCCUUUGAUAGUGUAUAAUUCUCCAGUAAUGAUCAGAGAGUUGGUUAAAACUAAUUUGGGGAAUUAUCACAGACACGAUUUGACCCUCGUCUGAUGUGCGCACGUUACUGCUGUGUCUUCAUUUUGCAUCCUCUGCCCUCGUUCUUAUAAAAACUGUGAAACUGGACACUGUAGUUUUCAUCACAGGGAAACGUGGGGUGUUAUUCUGCUGCGGAGCAAAGCGCAGAGUGAACCUCGCUCUUCAUUUCAUCCUAUGACGUGCCUUUCUGCUCACUGAGGUCUAAUCUCCAACACCAGGACAAUCAGCUACACACACACACACGUUCAAAGAAGUACACACACGGACACACACUCUUUAGGCACUUUGUUUGCAGUCACUUAACUCAAGUGUCAUUUGCAUUACAUUCAAAUGUUCCAGCUUCAGCGUGGCUUUAAGGUCAUUUCAGGACAGAAGUAGCUUAAUCCCCACCAAACGCACACACACACACACACACACACACACACACACACACACACACAUAUGCAGGGACCUGCCACUGUACAUUGCCUCACAUCAUUCAUACUGCCAGUGUUGGGAGCUGGCAGGGUUUCACUCGCCCGUGUCGACAGUGUUUGUUUAUAGUGGUUGAUCACAUGUAAAUAUUCUUUUGGAAGACGAAUCUAAGAAAUGUGAAACAUUUUGAUGGACUUAAAAAGUACUUAUCAGAGCAAGAGUUCACAGUUUUGUAUUUUGGAGCAGCCACUGGCGACAGCAGAGCAGGUUUGAAUUUAAAUCCAGUGGAUUUGAGACGGUAUUCCCUGAGUUAAAGAAAAAUAUAUGAUUUGGAUCGUUGCGUUCGAUUGUUGAAAAGUAUUUGAUGAUGUUUGUAAAAUGUCCCCUUCGGUUGUGCGAUGAUUUUCAUUGUAGUUUGGGAAAAAAUGUUAAUUGCUCUUGUUAAGAGCAUAAUUUAUUUUGGAAAGUCGCUUGUUUUUUGGUUCCUUACGUUUUUUUUGUUUUUCGUUCUUUAUGUAAUGUAUUAUUUAUUUUUUUCUAACAUUCCUGAUCAAAACUAUGAAUUAAACUGUACUUGAGUUGUAACUGUUCAAACGGAUUGAAUCAGAUGGAAGCUGUCAGUAUAUACACUGAGAGUCAAUACAUACAUACGCUUUAAUUUCAGAUGUUACCGGUUUAAGACAAAAACAAACAAACAAAAAACGGUACAAAGUUUUUUUAUCGCACACGGGAAACAAGAUGUGUUUGUGUAUAAUCAGCAUCACAGAAUGACACAAACCUAAAACUGUACCUUUAUACUCUUUAAAGCACAAAGAAGAAAUCAGGCUUCACAGACUGUUCAAACCCAUUUCACUGAAACUUCAGCCAGAAAUUUCUAAUGCGAACUAUAUACUAUAUACUUUCAUGAACUGUAACAUACUUUGGACUCAAGUGCCCACUUUGAUGGAGUAUUUGACCGAUUACACGUAAAAUGGCUCAGAAACAGGGAUCGGAGGCUUUGGAGGACGCGUUCUGUCAGUUUUUUUUUUUUUCCAUAUUCAUUAUACCGCUCUCACUUGACCUUAGCUACAAUGGUUUGUCUGUUUUUGAAACAUUUUGAAAGCCUUUGUGUUUAAAGUCAUCGUGAUACCACAGUCUGCAGAUGUUCCGCUAACAAAGAACAAAGAACAUAUUUGUAGAUCAGUUUGCUAGCUGUGUUUUUAGCCAUGUUUGCUAACAGGUUUGAUGAAGUAACUCAUCAGCUUCUCCACAGGCCCACCUGUAAGUACUGGAAUCCUUCGGCCUGCAGGGGAUGAGCAGCCCGCCGCUGUCAGCACUUCUCUCGCCUUCCUCCCACCGACGAUGCUCAGUGUCAGUCACAUGCAGUGUGUGUUUGCUCUUUUUCAGCUUUUUUCUAUUGUAAACUUU